UUGAGAAUGUGGAUGUCUUUAAAAGGUUUCCUCCCACCCAGCCUCAUUUCAAAAAACUAAAAAGGCAGAGAAUUUUAAUAGCUCCAGAGGACAGCUGCUGACUGCCCACCCCAAAUAGAAACCCAAAAGUGUAAGGAGGAAGGGCUGUUCCCUCAUUACCACCAGGCUCCGGUCCCUGGACCCUACACUUCUCAAUACCUAGUAACAUCUCCCUAACAAAGCCUGACUCUUAGAAAAGGAACUGAUGGACUACAGUUUUGAGUGACUUCAUAUGCAACAGUAGUCUCUCCCAAGGAUAUAUGCACAGCAAAUUUCUCUGGCUACUGGGCGGAUUGUUUUUGGAGCUGAGAUGAACUCUUCAGUUAUGGAAACUCUGCUCUCAAAACUGAGACAGAGAUGUUUGAGAAAUAUUAUAAUAAACUGGAGCCCAGGGAUCAGCGACAUCCACGGUUAUCAGAAAUUAAAAUCACAAGAGCAGAAUUUGCACAGUUACGAGGCAGGUACAGAUCCAAAUCCCGCGUAGGUGUGGACCGUGCAAUAGGCCUCAGUUACGACCAAAAAUGUGAGCUUGUACUAAAGGAGCUGGAUGACAUGAAGGAUGAAAUAAGGCACAUGAGAGCAAAUGCGGAACGAGAUCUGCAGCACCAUGAGGCAAUCAUUGAGGAAGCUGAAAUGAGAUGGGUUGAAGUCUGCAGAGCAGUGCAUGAGUUUAAAAAAGAUGUUCUAAAAACUAUAUCCAAGAAGAAAGGGAGUAUUUUGGCCACUCAGAAAGUGAUGAAGUACAUUGAGGACAUGAACCGCCGGAGGGAUAAUAUGAAGGAUAAAUUAUGUUUGAAAAAUGUUUCUCUCAAAGUGCAGAGGAAAAAGAUGCUUUUACAAUUGAGGCAGAAGGAAGAGGUGGGCGAGGCCCUCCAUGACGUUGAUUUUCAGCAGCUGAAGAUCGAGAAUGCUCAGUUUUUAGAGACCAUUGAAGCAAAGAAUCAAGAACUGAUCCAGCUAAAGCUGGCAUCUGGAAACACCCUGCAGAGACUCAAUGCAUACAAAAGCAAGCUACAGCGAUCAACGGAAAUGUCCAUCCAUCUGGACAAGGAGAUCUUGCUGAGAAAUGAGUUACUUGAGAAAAUUGCAAGUGAAACCCUACAAGCAGAGGAGGACCGGGCCAAGGCUGAGGCCGUGAACAAGAGACUCCGCAGACAGCUGGCUGUGUUCCAAGUGCCACAGGUGAUGGUGUACGUGCGGGAGAAGAUCCUAACUGGGGACCUGGAGAAGACCAUCAAGAUGUGGGAAAGGAAAGUGGAGAUUGCAGAGAUGACCUUAAAAGGCUACCGCAAGGCUUGGAAUAAAAUGAAAACCACCAAUGAGCAUUUGCAGGCAAUUUGCCCCCCUGGGAAGUAGCCAGAGGGAGGCCACAGCUGCAGACCAGAGUGAUCCAUUAAAGUAAUCAGCUCCUUUCCAGUCAA